ACAGCCACCAGGGAGUCGGCCUUUGUCCACGCCAUCGCCUCCGCUGGGGUGGCCUUCGCCGUGACCAGAUCCUGCGCCGAGGGCUCGGCCACCAUCUGYGGCUGUGACACGCGCCACAAGGGCUCUCCUGGCGAGGGCUGGAAGUGGGGGGGCUGCAGCGAGGACGUGGAGUUCGGGAGCAUGGUGUCCCGGGAGUUCGCAGACGCGCGGGAGAACCGACCCGACGCUCGCUCGGCCAUGAACAGGCACAACAACGAGGCUGGAAGGACCUCCAUCAUUGAGCUCAUGCACCUCAAGUGCAAGUGCCACGGGCUCUCGGGCAGCUGCGAAGUGAAGACCUGCUGGUGGUCCCAGCCGGACUUCAGRGUCAUCGGCGACUACCUCAAGGACAAGUACGACAGCGCGUCGGAAAUGGUGGUGGAAAAGCACCGGGAAUCCCGCGGCUGGGUUGAGACCCUCCGGCCCAAAUACAACUUCUUCAAGGCCCCCACUGAGAAGGACCUGGUUUACUACGAGAACUCACCCAACUUUUGCGAGCCCAACCCYGAGACAGGCUCCUUUGGGACCCGCGACAGGAUCUGCAACGUCACUUCCCACGGGAUUGACGGCUGCGACCUUUUGUGCUGCGGCCGCGGGCACAACACGAGGACUGAGAAACGGAAAGAGAAGUGCCACUGUAUCUUCCACUGGUGCUGCUACGUCCGCUGCCAGGAAUGCAUACGAGUCUAUGACGUCCACACGUGCAAAUAAAGCGGGCAGGACCCUUCGCCGGGCUCCGAGUGGAGAAGUGGAUUUUGAGCCUACUUCCUCUGAGGUUGCAGACGUGAGAGAAGUCUACUUUUUUGAUAUUAAAAGAAUAAAAACUGGACAAAAAAAAUAAAUAAAUAAAAAGGCUAAAACUGGUUGGAUAGAAUAGGUCUAAUGACUUCUGGGCUAUCCCGAGGUCCAUCUGGCAGUCACACAAGUUCCRCCCCAACGCCGACGCCUCCGGCGGGAGAGCGGCUUUUCCACCAGCCUGCAACACYGAGCUGGAGAGAAGAGUAUUGGCAAGAGCAUGGGUUUGCUCUGCUCUCACCACCUGAAGUGACUCGUGUGAUUAAGUGUCCUUUGAAAGACUUGCAUCUUCCUAAGCAUCUCCUUUUCCCUCAGUCAAGCAGAGGCUGUGUUGGACCACAGCACUGAGCUUUCUGAGUGAUCUCUCUGCAAACCCAAAUGGCCAGACUGUGUAAUAGGAGCAACAGCGGCAAAAGAAAUAAAAGCAGAUAAAUUAAGGAUUUUUAAAAAUAAAAAAGAACWGWCUACUUCUUUGCCUUUGUCCUGGAACCAGAGAAGUCUACAAUUAUCUAAUAGAGCUGGAGUACGAGCAAGCUCUUGUGAUGGACUUUUUAGCUUAGUAGCUUCUGCCAGAUUUGACAUAGGAUUCUGUGACAUCUGUGGAAAGGGAAGGCAGGAGAAGAGAGAGAGAAAGAGAGAGAACUGCUGAUGACUUCCUGCAAAUACCCUGUUGGCACACAGGUGAUGUGCACAGUGCCGAAAAGUUCAGUGUCUUGUACGUGAAGUGAAGAGGACUCAGUGUGUGCAUCGAGGAGACAUUCCCACAAAUGGGAAUGCUGCUCCAGCUCUCCAGCCUGGGAUGUGGCUCAGCCAGUGAGGCUUCCUUGGAAAGAUGCAGUGCAGUGAAUCUCCUAGGGCUAGACACUCACUGGGCCUGGGCACAGGACAUCCAUCUCCUCAGCACCCCAGGGAAAGGAUGGAAAGGGAAAGUGUUCACCCUUCCCACCUCGUUGGAGAAUUCCAUCACCAACAGUGGAAAGUGCACUUAGUCCAUCCACUCUCUGCACCUCCUUCAGGCUUCCUGGGCAUUUGGCAACAGCCUGAGCCCUGAGUCUGUCAGCAACAUCUGAAGGACUCCUUGUCACCCCUUAAUUUACCUGUGGGUGAACCAAACCACUGUCACCACCACGCCCCACAAGCUGGAGCAGUCUCAGACUCAAGYCAAACUUUGUUCCACACCUGAUUUCUACAGCCGCUCCCACCUUUAAAAGUGGCACAGAUUAAAAUGGACAAAACCCGGACUCUGAMCCAGCCCAGAGUUUGGGUGAGUUUGGACACAGAGCCAAAGCCCAGCUUUGCAGUGCUGGCCCAUCUCUGCUGCUCACCCCUGACUCCCYAUCUUUGCAUUUUGCUCCGCUUCCAGUUCUGGAUCAGGAUCACAGUUUACAGAAACAAGUCUCACCUCCUCCGUGGGCACYGGGACUUCCUUCAGGGUGUCAGGCACAAAUGCAGCCCAUCACCUUGGUAUUUGCAGCACUGUAACUCUGCUUGAGUUAUUCCUGGUCCAUACUGGGGUAAAUGAGAGGCAGAUCAAGCAUGGAGUCACAGCCUGUUUUAGCCUCAGAUGCACUUGCUCUGUGUYCUCUUUGCCCUACCCCUGCUUUUGGGUUGCUAUCCAGGACAAAGGACAAUGGAUUGGUGUUUAUUCUGUCUCUUCAGCAGGGAAGGGAAGGAGGGCAUGAGGUAAUUCCCAUUUCAUGGCUAUGUAAUCAUGGCUGUUGGCUGUUCAGUCUUGAAAAUGUGUGCAGAGAAAUCAGAGGRCUCCUCUCUUCGUGUCAGCCUUUUCCCAGGGACCAAAGGAGGGAGCAUGCAGAAGAAGAAGGGAACAAACAGAGCUUAAUCCCCUCAGAAAGAAAACAGGAGGAAAUGAUGCCUCCGAGGGUUGACUCUGAGUCACAGCGUCUCCUGGGAYUACUCCUAGGCUGGUGCAGUUUAUGCAUCACCCAUUUGUCUCAGGGCUGUGCCCGAGGGCACGAGCAAGAUUUGCUUAUUGAUGGAGGCACUUUUACCAGUGCUUUGCAAUUAAAAAAAUAAUAAAAGCUGCAGUGAAAUGAGAGCAGAGGCACAGAAGGGAAAGAAGGAGAGAGGAGGAGAGCGAGAGAAGCAAAGAAAAAUGUGGGGGCAAAACCAAUCUGUGGUAUCUGUCCAUGCAAACCCUGCACCCUAUGGAUGGCCACACACCAACUGGUAGAAGGCAACAGAUCAUGAAAAUUUAAAUAAAGAUCAAUUAUUGGGUGCAUGGCUGAUUCACUUAAUGGAGAAAAGGAAAACCUGAUCAUUAUGGGAAAUAGAGAAGGAAGGCGCUGCAGGGGGAGAUUGAACCUAGGACCAACAUUCAAACACAAUCUGUCAAGAAAUCAAACUGCAGAAAACCACUUAUGGGGUGGAGGACAUUGAUGAAUCGGAGAGGACGGGAUAAGGGAAGAUCAUCUGAUUUAUGUGAUAUGAUGCAGUGCAAGCAGCGACAGUGAGACAUGUCAGACACGCCCUACCAGGAACUUCUGUCAAUAAAUGGUGACCAAACAGCAAAAAUUCAAAUCAUUCAGCGGGGUCACACCCACAACUGAUUUUGCCCCAAGAUUUUUAGGCAUAGUGCUUUCAAACCCCUUUUGUACCACACUAGUGAAGAAAUGGGUCAAAGGAUUUGGCUUCCAUGCAUGGAGGCUGGAAUCUGACCCCAGCCCAUCCACAGCAUAUUCGCAWCCACCAGUUCUGUUCUUGCACCAGAAAACCCCAGCAUCACCAGCAGGUGAAGCUUUUUUUUUUGGAAGCAGAGGGAAAGAAUUGAAACUGGGCAUUUGCUGAGCAAUUGCCUCUAGAGGUGAACGAAUUUUGACUGUGGGAUUUAUUUUAUCUCGUCUAAGCUAUUUAUCUAACUUUCUGCUGGGAUCAAUGGCAAGAAACAAAUCCAGAAGGUGGUUCACUAUAUUAGGAUGGCACCUAAGCUUUGUUUAAGUACCCUCUGGGUGUAUCUCUGACUUCAGCUGCUGAGCUCAGAAUAAGUGAUGAGCUCUUUGUUGGGUCCAGACUGAGGAUGUGAAGUCCACCAUGAGUCAAGGAGUUGAAGCCACAAUGUGAUCAUCAGAUGACAGGGGCUGGAAGUUGUGCUCCUUCGCUCCAAGCUGGGGUCAGGCUUCAAAUAGCUCAGUGGUUGGGGACUCCCCCCCCAGUUCAAGGGGUUUUUAACCAAGCCUAUGGGUUCUUGUUUGGGUUUGUGAUGUAAUUAAUCAUCUCUGUGAUGAUACAAUGUAAGGGGUUGAGCAGCUGCUACUAAAGUCGAUGAAAAAUGCCUGCGUUGAAUUCUGUUCAUCCCCAGUGCACCUGGGAAUUCCAGUUCUGGGUCUGAUUCUGCCCAUCCCUGAGAAGGGAAAAGAGCCCGUGAGGGGUCUGAGAGCUGGGCCAGUGUCUGACCCCAUGGUUUUGGAGAAGGGUUUUGGGCCAAUCACUCUCUGCUGCACAUGAAUUCGGGAGGUGUCUUUGGAAAGCUGAGGACACCGGGCAUCUCCAGUCAGGGUUUCCACCAUACUGGUGUGAAAAACGGAGCCAAGGAUUAGUGAGGUGCCAUCCCUCCCUACAGGAGAUGGUGUAAACACCACCCAGAGCUGCCUCCUGCUUCAGCUGCUCCUGUGGAAAGAGUAGGACCUUCCUUAUGGCAGGGUGCUGGGGUUUCACUCAAUAAUAUAAACAUCUGGUGGUAUUUUAGGUUCCCUGCAAUAUCCCAUCAGGGUUUAGGUGUUGUUUCAAUGGCCUAAGACCCACACAAAUCUUAAACCUGGACAAUCAGAGACUGCUGGGUGUCCAAAAUGAUCUGAGAUGUCUUGGUGCAGGCAGCUGAAUUGUGCACUUCUCUGGAGAUCGCUUUCAAACCUGUUUUUCAAACCUUCUGCCCCAUCCUGRUGUAAUGCUCCCAUCUGUAGCCAAAAGAAAGCAUAAUUCCUUUCUCACAGAUGGGAGCUGGCCAGCUCCACCUCCACGAUCUCUGGUGUCCUUCCCUUCAGUGUCCCCUGAUGAGGUUUGUCCUCAGGCAGAGGGUUUGUACCAGGGGUGAGUCUGGCAGGGGAAAAGGGAGAAGAUGUCACCCAACCAAGUGACACAGGUGUAAAAAAAUAAAGUGACAAAGGCACAUAAUUCCAUCCUCUCACCUGCUGCUAUCCAACCUCGCCUUUAGCUGAACAAAUGGGUUUAGAUAGGCCCUGUCAGUUCCACAUCCAACCCAUAAAACACACAUUCUGUGGGGGGUGAAUUUGGCCUCAUCUCUUUUCUUUCUAUGAAAGAAAUGGAAAGUUUAGGAGAUUGGUUUUGUUUGGUUUUUUUCCCUUGGUUUGGUUUAGUUGUAGAAUUUGGGGGCUUCUCUUUCUCAAAGAAAAUGAAAAUAUGGGGAGGGAAAUGCAUGACAUUCUCUGUUACUUGACCCUGGUGUGUUUCUCUCAGCUGAGUGUCAUGCCCAGCACUGACAG